GCGCGCCGUCGCGGGGCCGCGCACGUCGGGUUUGGAAACUUUUAGCGGGAACGAGCACGUGCGCGCACCCGUGUUCUUUGUGUAGCGAGCGUAGAGAAAGCGCCAAAAGAGUGACCAUGGCUGAUGAAAAACCAAAGGAAGCGGUAAAGACUGAAAGUUCUGAGCACAUCAACCUGAAGGUAGCAGGCCAGGAUGGAUCGGUUGUGCAAUUCAAGAUUAAAAGGCACACGGCGCUCCAUAAACUCAUGAAGGCCUACUGUGACAGACAGGGAUUGUCUAUAAGGCAAAUCCGGUUCAGAUUUGAUGGACAACCCAUAAACGAGGCAGACACACCAUCACAAUUGGAAAUGGAGGACGAAGACACAAUUGACGUCUUCCAACAGCAGACGGGAGGAGUGAUUUAAUCAAGCAGCCCCACGCGUCACCUCUCCCUCUUUUAUCAACAGAACCAACUAGCCUUGGUACACGCAGCAGAUGAUUAUAUACAGGCCCCUUUCCGAAAAAAAUUCAAUAUCAUGGAAAAGUUUAUUUCAUUCCAUAUUUCCAUUCAAAAAGUUAAACUUCCAUAGACUAUAGAUUCAGAGCCCACAACUUAAACAAUUUCAAAUAUUUAGUUGUUUAUUUGUACAUCAUUUGGGUCUCUAGCUCACAAAACCCAUAAAAACAGGAUUUUUAAAAAAGUGAAUACUGAAGAAAUCAGCCCAAAUUUACAGGGCAUGAAUGUUUUAAACUGCGUGUCACCUGCACAGGUUUUUCCAGGUGUCAUUAAAUUGGUUAAUUUGUCUCAGUUAGGAUCAACAUGGGGAUAACUGGCCAGAAGACCAUCAUUGAUACCCUCCAUAGUUUAAGUUAAAGUCCCAACGAUCGUCACACACACUGGGUGUGGUGAAAUUUGUCCUCUGCAUUUGACCCAGACCCAUAUUCACCCCCUGGGAGGUGAGGGGAGCAGUGAGCAGCAGCGUGCGCCGCGCUCGGGAAUCAUUUGGUGAUUUAACCCCCUAUUCCAACCCUUGAUGCUGAGUGCCAAGCAGGGAGGCAAUGGGCUCCAUUUUUAUAGUCUUUGGUAUGACUCGGCCGGGGUUUGAACUCACGACCUUCCAGUCUCACCACAAGGCCACUGAGCUGGUCCAUAGGAUGGGUAAGCCACAAAAGUUCAUUGCCAAGGAGGCCGGCUGUUCACAGAGUGCUGUGUCUGAGCAUAUCAAUGGAAAGUCUAGUGGAAGGGCAAAAGGUGGCAGAGGAAGAUGCACCAGCAGAAGAGCUGACCACGGGCUUCUGCGGAUGAUCAAACAGAGUAGAUUCAUAAAUCUGGCAGAGAUCCACAAAGAGUCAGACGCAUCCGGGAGAUCAAUCAAUCAAUGUUUACUUAUAUAGCCCUAAAUCACGGGUGUCUCAAAGGGCUGCACAAGCCACAAUGACAUCCUCGGCUCAGAUUCCACAUCAGGGCAAGGAAAAACUCAACCCAAUGGGACAAUGAGAAACCUUGGAGGGGACCGCAGAUGUAGGGACCCCCCCCCCCCCCUGGGCGACCGGUGCAAUGGACGUCGAGUGGAUCUAGCAUAAUAUUGUGAGAGACCAGUCCAUAGUGGAUCUGGAGAUGGCAUACAACUGUCGGGUUCCUCGGGUCAAACCAUUUCUGAGCCUGAGCCAACGUAGGACUGGACUGUUGGCCAGUGGUCCAAGGUCCUCUUUUCCGAUGAAAGUGUGUCUUUCAUUCGGGAAUCAAGGUCCAAGGGUUUGGAGGAAGACUGGUGAGGAACAGAACCCAAGCUGCCAGUGUGACAUAUCCAUAUCAGUCAUGAUUUGGGGUGCAACGUCCAGUGCAGGUGUUGGUAAACUGUGCUUUCUUAAAUCCAAGGUCACCGCAUCAGUCUUACCAGAAUGUUUAAGAGGACUUCAUGAUUCCUUCUGCUGAGGAUCUGUAUGGAGAUGCAGAUUUCAUCUUCCAGCAGGACCUGGCCUCUACCCAUAGCGCCAGAAGCACCAAAACCUGAUUUGAUGCCAAUGCCAUCACAGUGCUUGACUGGCCAGCCAACUCGCCGGACCUAAACCCCAUUUGAGAAUCUAUGGGGUGUUAACAAGAGGAAAUUGGGGGGCACCCGACCCAAAAACAAAGACGAGCUGACAGCAAGCAUCAAGGAAAUCUGUGCUUCCCAGCCGAUGCCACAGUGCAUUGAGGCACUGAUUAAGGCAAAGUGAUUCCCUACAAAGUAUUGAAAAUUGACGUAUCAUUUUUUGAUUGAUUUGAUGUGAUCCUAAUUUAUUUAUUUUUUUCUGCAAAAACCGAGAAGUAAUUGGUGAUUUCUUCACAGUAUUCACAUUUUUUGAAAUCCUGUUUUCGUGGGUUUUAUGAGCUGGAAGCCCAAAUUAUGUACAAAUAAGCAACUAAAUGCUUGAAAUCGUUUAAAUUGUGGGCCCUGAAUCUAUAAUCUAUGGAACUUUAAUGUUUUGAAUGGAAUUAUGGAAAUAAAUACCCUUUUCCUUGAUAUUCAAAUUUUUCGGAAAGGGCCUACACCUUGUCCCGUUGGGGUUUAGAUGACUCUGCUGUAUAGUAUUUUCAAAUAGUGGCCCCUGUUACGUCUGUUUUUUGUACAUACAAAAAUAAUCCAGAUCGCUCUGUUUUGGUUUUUCCUCUGUUCAUUCUGUGUUCUACUUAAAUCAGAGUGGUUCUGGAAUGGGAAUUACUCUGAGGAACCAUCAGAAGAUCGCUCUGUUUUGGUUUUUCCUCUGUUCAUUCUGUGUUGUACUUAAAUCAGAGUGGUUCUGGAAUGGGAAUUACUCUGAGGAACCAUCAGAAGAUUGCUCUGUUUUGGUUUUUCCUCUGUUCAUUCUGUGUUCUACUUAAAUCAGAGUGGUUCUGGAAUGGGAAUUACUCUGAGGAACCAUCAGAAGAUCGCUCUGUUUUGGUUUUUCCUCUGUUCAUUCUGUGUUCUACUUAAAUCAGAGUGGUUCUGGAAUGGGAAUUACUCUGAGGAACCAUCAGAAGAUCGCUCUGUUUUGGUUUUUCCUCUGUUCAUUCUGUGUUCUACUUAAAUCAGAGUGGUUGUGGAAUGGGAAUUACUCUGAGGAACCAUCUGGGUUUAAAGCAGCGCUAUUGUUUUACAAAUUGGUUAUUAUUGACACACUGGCUGUCGCGUUCAAAUUUCUCACAGAAUGUGGUCACAAGGGGCCAACCCAAUUGCUAAAUUGAUCUGUGUGCUCACAUGUAAGUGUGUGUUGUCUGCUUGUGAUCAGACCACACGUCAAUAGCGUUCAGGCUUCAAAUCAAUGAGUGUUGAAAUAGACCUGAAAUAUGCAGACAGAUUUAGAUUUUAUGCGUUUAGUAUGGUGGGAAAAUUGCUUUGAUUAAUCCAUUCAGCAGACCAAUGAUAAUAUUUUGGGACAGAGGAGAACAUGUUGCCAUUUUACAGUCUGUAUUGUACCUGUUAAAAAUAAAUGUAUUGUUCUUUUUCCAAAACCAAUUUAGUCUGUGAUGAUUUCCACGAUGAUGCAAUACAAUGGGUAAAUACUUUAGUUUAGUUUGAACAUGCUUAAGGCUGUUUACAUUGAAGUACAGUGCAGGUAUACACUUGCACAAUUCAAUGUCCGAAAAGGAGUCGGAAGAAGCAGAGCCUAUUUAAUCCCACCCCCUUGUCCAUGUCUCAGGAUGUGCCUUCUUCUAUGAGGAGCGUAAAAUAAAUAAUGCGUGACAGUAGAUAGUACAAGAGAAUAUAUGAAAUCACCAGUCUUUGAGGAUGUUCAUUCAAGCAGAUGACAGACAUGACACACAAAAUACAUGAAACACUAAAAUAAAUCAAGAAAAUAAUUUGUGGUGGUCAGUAAGUGUUUCAUUUUUAGAUCAAGCAGAGUGGGAAAAAAAAGGAAUCACUCAAUUCCGAGGAAAUAAAAAUAUGGAAUCAUGAAAAACAAAACAACACACACUAGUACUUUGUUGCACCCCCUCUGGCUUUUUAAACAGCUUGCAGUCUCUGAGGCAUGGACUUAACCAGUAACAAACAGUACUCUUCAUCAAUCUUGUUUCAACUUUCUCUCAUUGUUGUUGUCAGAUCAGUUUUGCAGUUGGAGUCUUGUUAUGGACCAUUUUCUUCAAUUUCCACCACAGAUAUUUUCAAUUGGAUUGAGAUCCGGACUAUUUGCAGGCCGUGACGUUGACCUUAUGUGUCUUUCUACGAGGAAAGUUUGUACAGUUUUUGCUCUAUGGCAUGAUGCAUUAUAUAUACAGUACAUAUACAUUAUACAAUCAAAAUGUCAAUGUAAACUUGUCCAUUUAUUGAAGAUGUAAUGACAGUCUUCUUCCGAGGACCAUUACCUGACAUGCAGCCUUAUCAUCAAUGGCUGUGGAAAUUAGCAUAUUUCUUCAGGCAGUCGUCUUCAUAAAUCUCAUUGGAACGGCACCAAACAAAAGUUCCAGCAUCAUCACCUUGCCCAAUACAGAUUCUGAUUCAUCAUGGGUAUGACUUUCACCCAGUCAUCCACAGUCCACAAUUGAUUUUCCUCAGCUGAGGAACAUUGUUUUUUUUUUUAUGUGUCGGUAUUAAUGACGGCUUUCGUUUAGCUUUUCUGUUUUAGAUUCAAGUUUCUUCGGACAUUUCGGCCACAGAUGGUGACUUAAAUU